AUGGCAGUAGUUUUCAGCUCUAUCACAGAUCGUGUGGUGCCGACCUAUGCCAACCUGUGCCAACCUGUCCUUGUGCUGAAGGAUCAGAGGCGGUCUGUGAUGGAUAACAUGUCCCAGGACAGAGUGCCCUGUCCCAGCCUGAGCCGCCUGUGUCUCCGCGCUGUGAGGACGCACUUCUGUGCUGUGGGGACGCGCGCCGCCCACGUUCUCCCACUCGGCCUUUUGGAGGAGCUGCAGCCGCACCUCACUGUGUGGCAGCUGGACCGUCUGCAGCCCUUGCUCAACCGCAGAGGAGUGUCCACCUUGAGCGCCUGGAGGAACAUCCUGAGACACAUGCGAGGACCAUCUUGUGUGCUGGAUGUUUCUGGUGAGGACGAGGCCAAGCUUCUGGUGAUGCGAGGCCUGUUCCCCUCCGUCCUGUACGACUUCAACAGCAGCUCCAUCCCCAAACAGCUGUGCGGGCCGGACCACAGCGCGCUCCUGUGUGUGGCGGCACGCUACAUAUGUCACUUUGUCCUGCUGAAUAUGGAGCCGCCCUUGAGGAGACUGACCCAGGAGAACAGGCGUGUGCUGCAGCUGCUGGAGGAGCACGCCGUCAGUGUGGGAGUGUCUCACAGCUUAGACCCACGCAAAGCGGAGAACCAGAUGGCUCUUCUGGUGCUGCACCGGCUACUGGACCAUGGUCAUGUCGGGAGGGUGGUGCUGGAGGCCCGCUGCCCCCACACUCUGGCUUGGAUCCUGGACAGACGUGGGCCCCAGCCCCUGCACCCAUAUGCUCAGGUUGAGGGACUGAGGGACUGCAGAGGUGAGAGCGAGCGAGGGCCCGCCUGUUCCAACACUGCCCCCGAGCAAGGGCCCGCCUGCUCCAACACUGCCCCAGAGCCAGGGCCCUCCUGUACCAGCACUGCCCCAGAGCCAGGGCCCUCCUGUACCAGCACUGCCCCAGAGCGAGGGCCCUCCUGUACCAGCACUGCCCCAGAGCGAGGGCCCUCCUGUACCAGCACUGCCCCAGGGCGAGGGCCCUCCUGUACCAGCACUGCCCCAGAGCCAGGGCCCUCCUGUACCAGCACUACCCCAGAGCAAGGGCCCUCCUGCUCCAGCACUGCCCCAGAGCGAGGGCCCUCCUGUACCAGCACUACCCCAGAGCGAGGGCCCUCCUGUACCAGCACUGCCCCAGAGCGAGGGCCCUCCUGUACCAGCACUGCCCCAGGGCGAGGGCCCUCCUGUACCAGCACUGCCCCAGAGCCAGGGCCCUCCUGUACCAGCACUACCCCAGAGCAAGGGCCCUCCUGCUCCAGCACUGCCCCAGAGCGAGGGCCCUCCUGUACCAGCACUGCCCCAGAGCCAGGGCCCUCCUGUACCAGCACUACCCCAGAGCAAGGGCCCUCCUGCUCCAGCACUGCCCCAGAGCAAGGGCCCUCCUGUACCAGCACUACCCCAGAGCAAGGGCCCUCCUGCUCCAGCACUGCCCCAGAGCAAGGGCCCUCCUGUACCAGCACUACCCCAGAGCAAGGGCCCUCCUGCUCCAGCACUGCCCCAGAGCAAGGGCCCUCCUGUACCAGCACUACCCACGGUAUAAUCCCCAUUGGUGCUUAA